AUGCAUAAUCUAAGGUUUCUUCCAGUUGCGUAUCCUUUGGAGACUGUUCGUUUCGAAUGGUUUUCGCGCAAAAACGACGCCAUCGAUAAAAAUCCCGACGUGAAAUUACCUGAGCUUUAUAUAGCCAGAUACGAGCCAACAGUCUGCGACAGGACAAGGAAAUCUGGCGAUUUUUCGUGUCUUCGAGCCGUCUUCAGACUGAAACGCGAUGUUGGCUUUCAUAUUGCACAAACUUAUAUCCCAACAACGCUUGCCCUAAUGUUCUCGUGGGUAGGCGUUUGGCUACCCGAGGAGUUUAUGGAGGGUCGAAUCGGCGUAGCAGUUACAGUACUUUUGACCUUAUCCACCGAAUCGGCUGGUACUCGUGAGCAUCUACCAAGCGUCUCAUAUCUUAAGGCAAUAGAUUUAUGGUUUGGUUUCAUAACUGGAUUCGUUUUCUUUACGCUGCUACAAACGUUAUUUGUGAUUGGCUUCGAUAAACGUGCCAGGCAACUGAGGAAGUGCGCCACCAAGAAGAAGUACGAAGCUACACAAGAGGCAAAAGAUGCGAUCUACAUCGACAACUUCUGCCGUGUUUUCUAUCCGUUGAUAUUCGUGAUGUUUUUGAUCAUGUACUAUUUUGUGUUCACUGAAGGACGACAAGACGAUUGCAUAGCGGCGAGAUGA